AAGAAGAAGAAGAAGAAGAAGAAGUCGUCUCAAACAAGGAUUGCUAUAGAAAAUGGCGUCCGAAAACAGCUCCGACUCCCAAGAAGAGAGAGCAGCUCUUCUGGAGACUGGCUCCGAACGAGACGAGCUACAGCAGUGUGACACGGUGGCGACACGGAGCGGGUCCAGACUGACUCUCUAUCACUGGACGCAGUCGUUCAACUCUCAGAAGGUGCGUCUGGCCAUCGCAGAGAAAGGUUUGCGCUGUGAUGAGUAUGACGUGAGCCUACCGCUCAGCGAACACAACGAGCCCUGGUUCAUGCGCCUGAAUCCCACCGGCGAGGUGCCGGUCCUAGUCCACGAUGACAACGUCAUCUGUGACCCAACGCAGAUCAUGGACUACCUGGAGCAGAAUUUCAACAAUGAGGGCACCCCCAAGCUGAUCCCUGAAGAGGGCAGUACAUACUAUCUCAGAGUGCAGCACUACAGGGAGCUGCUGGACUCGCUGCAGAUGGAUGCCUACACCCACGGCUGCAUCCUCCACCCUGAGAUCACGGUGGACUCCCACAUACCUGCAUAUGCCGCCACGUGUAUACGAACACAGAUCGGAAACACACAAACUGAGCUGAAGAAACUGGCAGAACAGAACCCGGAGCUUAAAGAUGCUUAUGUUGCAAAACAGAGGCGCUUGAAAUCCAAGUUGUUUGACCAUGACAACAUGAAGUACCUGAAGAAGCUCCUGGAUGAACUGGACAGUGUGAUGGAUCAGGUGGAGACUGAGCUACAGAGGAGGGUGGAAGAAACACCAGAAGAAGGCAGUCAGUCCUGGCUGUGCGGCGAUUUCUUCAGCAUGGCCGACGUCUCCCUGGCCGUCACCUUACACCGCCUGAAGUUCCUCGGCCUCUCGCGCCGCUACUGGGGCAACGGUAACCGCGUGAACCUGGAGACGUACUACGAGCGCGUGGUGGAGCGCCCGGCCUUCAGGAGAGUGCUGGGCCACGUCAACAACAUCCUGAUCUCCGCCGUCCUCCCCGUGGCGUUUCGCGUGGCCAGGAAGAACGCGCCAGUUAUUCUCGGCACCACGCUGCUGAUUGGCGUUCUAGGAGGGGCCACGUACCUCGCCUUCCUCUACAUGAAGAAGAGGCUGACUCUCACCUUCUGAGGGAGACGACACACGUUUUCAGCUGCUCUGGGACUGAAUCUGGGUCUGGGAGGUGGAGAAACACAGAAAAAUAUGAGAAAUGUUGCCUAUUUAAAUAAUUUAAAUGGUUUAAGAUUCAAGUAGAGCAAUCCAAUCAUUCAGCAGGCGUCAGUAAUACUGUAUGUAACUAAAACAAACUUUAACUGUCUUGUGCUUUUGGCACAAAAUGCACUUUUCAUCAUCCCCUAUGCUGCAUUACACGCCCAAGGAUUGACUUAAAGGACCAUACUGCUGUAUUUACAUGUUUUUGCUGUUCAUUACAAAUCACAUAUAUCACAAGUUGUGUGUUUUGCAGCUUUACAAAUUAUGUCAACCUCCAAACAGCAUUGCAAUUACAAGCUAUCGGCAAGUUAAGAAUAAAUUACACGUCAAAAGAUGAAAAA